GCGCCCCCUGGUUGUGCGGAAUGGUGAUGCUGAGAAGGAAGAUGGCGGCGGACUGGAGCUUGGGAAUCCGCUGCGGGCAUUGAGAGAGACCGGGAUAGAUGAAAAGGGAUCCAGGCACAGGCCAACCCCGAAGAAGUCGGGAGUGAAAAAAACAGGAAUAUAGCUGCUCACAGAGCUCGGAGCUCGGGCCGAGAUAACAAGACAAGAAACCCCCGCCCGCCGCUGAGUCAGAAUCGAGAAUAACAACGUUAGAAAACGGGAGUGAAUCGCUGCUGCAGCCCCGGGCCGGCUGAACAAGAGGCGGGGAAAGGAGUGGCUGUGACGUGGCAUGAUAUGGCCAGCUCGUCUGACAGCGAGGAUGACAGCUUCAUUGCCAUGGACACAGAGGAGUCUGUAGAAGGUUCAAUGGAUCAGGACGAGGAGCCACAGCAGCAGCAGCAACAGCAGCGUCCCCUUGAGGUUGAGCAGCGUCACCACCGCACCAUGGGCGAGCUACCCGAAGAGGUUCUCGAGUACAUCCUGUCCUUCCUGUCCCCCUACCAGGAGCACAAGACCGCAGCGCUCGUCUGCAAGCAGUGGUACCGGCUCAUCAAGGGCGUGGCCCACCAGUGUUAUCACGGGUUCAUCAAGGCGGUUCAGGAGGGCAAUAUCCAAUGGGAGAGCCGUACCUACCCCUACCCAGGGACCCCCAUCACCCAGCGCUUCUCUCACAGUGCUUGCUAUUACGAUUCCCAUCAGUCCAUGUAUGUGUUUGGGGGGUGCACGCAAAGCAGCUGCAAUGCAGCCUUCAAUGACCUCUGGAGACUAGACUUGAACAGCAAGGAGUGGAUCCGCCCUCUGGCAUCAGGCUCGUACCCAUCUCCAAAGGCUGGUGCCACGCUGGUUGUGUACCGGGACUUGCUGGUGCUGUUUGGCGGCUGGACUCGGCCCAGUCCCUACCCUCUCCACCAGCCCGAACGCUUCUUUGAUGAAAUCCACACGUACUCCCCGUCUAAGAACUGGUGGAACUGCAUUGUCACCACACAAGGACCCCCUCCAAUGGCUGGCCACUCCUCUUCCGUCAUCGGGGACAGAAUGAUCGUUUUCGGGGGGUCAUUGGGCUCACGGCAGAUGAGCAAUGAGGUUUGGGUUCUAGAUCUGGAGCAGUGGUCCUGGUCCAAACCCAACAUCGCUGGCCCAACACCGCACCCACGGGGCGGACAGUCCCAGAUUGUUAUUGACGAGGAGACCCUGCUGAUCCUGGGGGGCUGCGGAGGUCCAAAUGCACUCCUGAAGGAUGCCUGGCUGCUCCGCAUGCACGCAAACCCGUGGGCCUGGCAGCAGCUAAAGGUGGAGAACGAGGAGCAUGGCGCCCCUGAGCUGUGGUGCCACCCAGCCUGCAGGGUGGGUCAGUGUGUGGUGGUAUUCAGUCAGGCUCCCAGCGGCCGAGCUCCCCUCAGCCCCAGCAUGAACUCUCGUCCGUCCCCGAUCAGUGCCACGCCUCCUUCUCUGUUGCCCGAGCAGCGGGAGUACCGCUCGCACUCACCAGUGAAGGGCAGCGAUGAGGCGCCCUGUGUGAACGGGCGCUGGGGCACACUGCGGUCCCGGGCUCAGAGACACGGUGGGGCCAGGGAGGGCAGCCUGUCCCCAUCCCGGGGUGGUGCAGCAGGAGGCUCGGACAGCCCUCCAGUCCUGAACGGGGGCUUAUCGGCAGGCGAGAGUCCGGGACAGGCAGGCUCGCCGGGCACACCCUCCGGAGCAGAGGGCUACGACUUCCGGACCAGACCUACUCCUGAAACCCGAGACCUGAGGCCAGCCGACUACAGCUGGGACCCCAAAGCGGGCAACCCAGACUCCCCUGAGGCCAAAACCACCACAUCCUCGGGACGGGACCCUACCCCAGAGCAGAUCAACGGCACCCACACGCCUCCGAGUCUGGCCACAACACCCCCGGGGGCUGUAUCGCCUGGAGCUCUGAGGCGAGGGUUAGAGGCUGUCAAAGCGCUUUCCUCUCAGGCUCCUCCUCCUCCCGCCGUUCCCCCUGCGGCUUCAGCCUCCAGCUCCCCCUCUGCUUCUGCUGCCGCCCCCAGCCCCGCACAGGCUGACGGACAUUCCAUCCCGCCAAUUGCCCGCAGGCUGGGUCACCACCCGCCCCAGUCACUCAACGUGGGCAAGCCGCUCUACCAGAGCAUGAACUGCAAGCCCAUGCAGAUGUACGUGCUGGAUGUGUCAAGGGUGAAGGAAAGGGGCCAGGUCAGCUGGAAAGUGUUUGGGGGGGGCUCUGUAGUGGGACCCCCAGAGACCAGCCUGCACACCGUCGUGCAGGGCAGAGGCGAGCUCAUCAUCUUCGGAGGGCUUAUGGACAAGAAGCAGAACGUCAAGUACUACCCCAAAACCAACGCCUUGUAUUUCGUCCGCGCCAAGAGAUAAUGCCAGAGUGGGGAAAACAACAGAAACAACAAACUUCUCUGCAGAGGAUUCUCUGGUUAAACCCUGCCCUCCCCCUUUUGACUGAUUCCUCCCUUUCUUUUCAGAGGGAGGGGCAGACUGUAGGACCCCAGGGGGGGCAUAGCUUGGAAGCAGGGGAGUGAGCAGGAAGAGGGGGCAAACUUUUUUGUUUUUUUAAUGAACGCUUUCACAGUUGAUUGUUUACAAAUAGGGUCUGUUUCAUCUGAGUUGGCCGAGGGUGGAAAGGGCAGUGUGCUUGGAAAAUAAAAGGUAAAACGAGGGGGGGGGGGGCCUUGCAAUGUAACUGGCAUUCUGCUCUGUAUAGUUUCCACUUUCCUGGCAUAGCUGCCUUGUAUCUCAGCUGCUAAUAUGACCAAUAAUGAAAAGCAACCCCUCCCUGACACCCACCCCACCCACUCCUCCGCUCAAGCUGCACUUAAAGCUGUUUAUUAUAAGUUAGGGUGGUGUGCUGGCUCUGAAUUGAAUGAUGCAGGCUCGAGGUUCAAGAGGGUACAAGGAACCGUGUGUUUGAGUACAAACAACAGCACAGACAGGCAUGGGUUCCAAUAGCUGAGUGUUUAGAGCGCUGGGCUGCAGUGUGGAUAUGGGUUCCAGUUGUUCGGUGUUUAACAUAGUGUAUUUGAGGAGUAGAGUCCUAGGGGUGCAGUGUGGAAGGAGUGAGACUGGAGUAGCGUGGCGAUUUAAGGUGUUGCUGUACUUCACAGACGUGCCUGGGAGAUGAGUGUCGAGGCACUUCAAAAUUACCCACAGUCCUUUUUAAAGGUUUGAUUUUUACAAUUUUAAACAAAGUUAUUUUGCCAUUGAGGGUCUUGCCCAAAACAGUAAGCAGCAGCAGCAAUGUUGUGUUUGUGAUCCUGUUGAAUACCUAGGCAGUGGGUAUGUACGUCCCAACUAUGUGAUCUUAUCAGAAUAAUACAAUAAAAGAAACAACCUUGCCCUUUUCAAUUUCAUUGAUUGCUUGUUAACCUUUUACCGUCUGAGCCAAGAUAGAAGGAACACAUCCUGUCCAUUUCGAGAUAUUUUUUUUUAUUUUAAUUUGAACAACCAUUAUGUUUGUAGACACAAUUUUGAAAAACACUUAUGUCCCCAUAAGGGAAAUUAUAUAUAUAUAUUUUUUCUGCUUUUACAACAGGAUGUGUAUACAAAAUAAAUGCUGUUUGAAAAUUAUUUUUGUGAAAGUCUCCUUAAUGAAAAUUAUCUGAGUUAUUAUUCAUGGGUAUUCAUGUGCCUGUAUAUUAAAAACUCACUGUUCAUCACUUUUUAUUCUGUAUUUUGCAAUUGAAAAAAAAUUGGUAGAAAAUGUAUCAAAACAAAUUAAAUUACACUGUAGUACAAAAAGACAAUUUGAACAGAAUGUCCCCUUCAUUCUUUGAUAUAUCAGUUCUGGCUAGGCGCUAAAAGGUUAAUUUAAAAAGACAGUUCUACUGAGCGAAGUGAAGAUUAAGUGCUUUGCAGUAGGUCGAUCAGAUAUGUAGAGCUGCAGUUUGUGUUAAUAACAAGCUGCAUGGAUCGGUCAGGAUUUCCAGUCCUUUUUGGUUGUUCUUUCCCAUGAGGGUCUGUGUCUUUAUGUGAUCUGGGAUCAAUCUUUUUUUUUUUUUUUUCUUCAGUAUUUGCAGCAGUCUUUAUUUAAUUUAUAAUAUGUGCCAAACAGUGUAUGACCAAGAACUCCAGAGUGUCCAGGUUUGACCUUCUUAUUGGGCACCUUGGUACAGCAGGGCUGGACUAGGGGGAACGAGGAGAGGAAAGUGAGAGGAUGAUCUUUGCUCCAUCCCAGUCCUCAGUCCUGUCUACAAUUACACAUUGACUCCGCUAGCAGCACCAAGCUCGACCACAUGCAAGCCUACAACAGCACAACAAACGCAGCCUGCCCUGCCCCUUCGGACUUCACUUUACACCACAGUCCUUGGCUCUGCUAGACCUCACUGUGCCUCAGUUAUCACUGCUAUUCUACACUGGUUUCAUGUCCCACCUUGUUCUGCUUGUUAAUGAACCCUUAGUGGCUGUUUGGUUUUUUUUGGGGGGGGGACGGACGGACGUGGUUUAUCCCACUUUAUGCACAGAUUGCUUUGCAAAGCUCCCUAUGAUGGCACAUUCUGACGGUUCGCCCAGCCUGCUGUAACAGGAGUGGGGCUGAGAGGGGCGGCUCUUGUAUUAUAGCAGUUACACAUGUGGGUGUUCAGGUUAAAAAGAGGAAACAUGCUGCUGUAUUUUGUCUCUAGUAAAUCUUGACCUCAAGAGUCUUUAUUUCUAUAUAUUGCCUCUAUGACUUUAAAAAAAAAAAAAAAAAAAAAAAAUUGGGUGCCUUCUGUGUGUUCGGGCAAAAUAAAAUAUGGCUAAAACCUGUUCCUCUUAAUUCUUUUAGGAUUUCUACAUAGUGUAUAGCACCACCUGGUGAUCAACUAUUGUAUUGUUAAACAAUUCCCAUGUUUCCAUUAAAGAGGAUAAAUCUGACCA